AGCCUGCUAGUUAAUUUUUUUGUUGCUAGGCAACACUUAUUACCAUCAUAUCGUCUGGUUUUUCGUGAGAACUGUGCUAUUGAACAGAAUAGCAUACAGCUGGGGCGUCAAGCGUGGUAUCAGUCCAGGCCUGAAACUACAUCAACCGACGAGAUCAACCGACAUCAACUACAUCACAAUCCAGACAAGGUUAGUGGAGAUAGAAGCUGAGAAAGUUAGUGUGACCUGCGUGGUCUCAAGACAAUGGACCCGCCGGUCAGUACCGGUGGGACCGAGACAGGGGAGGGUAGCUCCUCGAAGGAUCCACCACCAAACGGCUCCGGAGAUGCUGGCGGCGACAAGGAUGGCCCGGCAAAGGAGGCACCUAAGCCGGCUGAGCCUAAACCUUCUGCUCCACCAGUGAAGAAGAUAAAGCACUGCUCAUCGCGGCCAUAUCAGCGUAACCCGCGCAGCCCGCCGCCGCCACCGGCCGCCAACUCCGCCUUCACAGCACAGGAGCUGGCCAGCUCCUUCUGCUGGGAUCACCUGAUGCGCAAAGCCACGUUCGAGGCGGCGCCGGUCGAGUGUUUCAGACACGCGCCUCUCAGCCAAACGUGGCGCAAUGUGUGCGCCGGUCUGAAGGCAGAAGUGGCGCAGAAGGGCGUCGGGAAGGGUGCUCCGACGACCUACUGGGUGGCCACACUGCUGCAGGUGCAGGGCUACCGCGGCCUGUUCCGUCCCGAGGGUCUGGGCUCCGACUCCAGUCUGGACCGGUGGCUGGAGAUCUGCUCGCCGGAGGUGAAGCCGGUCGGCUGGUGCGCCUCGCGCGGCCUGCCGCUGACACCGCCGCCGCCGGCCGGGCCUGCCGCCGACUGGCAGCGGCGGCUGGUAGGAGUGCUGACCGGAUCACGGACACUGCCGCCCUCCUUCUAUAGGAAGGUGAUGUCCAGUCUCAGCCGCGGCUCUCAACUCUCAGUCGGACAGACCAUAGAAGUGGUCGACAAGAGCUGCAUCAGUCAGAUGCGUGCGGCGCGUAUCACGCGUCAGAUCGGACGGAGGCUGCAUGUGCACUAUCUGGACGCCCAUCCGGACGACGGGGGGUUCUGGUGUCACGAGAACUCACCGCUGGUGCACCCGGUGGGCUGGUCGCGCGCCGUCGGACACCGUAUCCAGGCGCCGGACGACUACCUGGCGCGCUGCGAGUCGGGCCGCUUCCUGCCCACGGACGCCACCGAGGACUACCUGCCCGCGCCGCCGGCCGUCACUCACGAGGGGUUCAAGCUCGGUAUGAAGCUGGAGGCUCUGGACCCGCUGAACCUCGGCUCGAUCGGGGUGGCCACAGUGCGCGACACGCUCCAAAACCACUUCAUCAUGGUACAACUGGAGACGGAGCCGGAGUCGGACUGGUUCUGUUACCACGCCUCCUCGCCCUACAUCUUCCCGCCGGGCUUCUGCCGCACUGUGGGGAUCCCCCUGACCCCUCCGCACAGCUACCGGUACAUGGAGGGGCAGGGGUUCUUCUGGGAGGUGUACCUGCGCGCGGAGGGCGCCAGUGCGGCGCCGGCUCAUCUCUUCCACCGGCCGCCGCUGUCUCACGGCUUCCAGCCCGGCCACAAGCUGGAGGCGGUGGAUCUGAUGGACCCGCAGCUGGUGUGCGCUGCCACGGUGGGGCAGGUGGUGGGACGGCUGCUUAGGAUCCAUUUUGACGGCUGGGAGGAGCAGUUCGAUCAGUGGGCGGAUGUGGAGAGUCCCGAUCUGUUCCCGGUGGGAUGGUGUAAGCUGGUGGGGUAUCCCCUAGAGCCGCCGCGCCCGCCUGAUAAGAUUCUCAAGAAGCCGGGACCGAAGAAGCGGCGGGGUCGGCCGCGGGGCCCGCGCGGCGCUGGAGGCCGCACCCCGCGCACCCCCGGCCGGCGCUCCGGCGGUGGCGAGGAUCUCAGCGAGUCACACGAGGCAGAGUCAGAGCUGGAGUCAACAGUCGGUGACGGAGAGUCAGUGGCGGAGUCCGCGGCGGGGAGGGAUGACUCCACCGUCCGGAGUCUUCCCGGGGAGACUCCGGAGCCGGAGCUGCGUCUGGAGUUCACCCCGACACCCACGUCCGGUCGGAGGUCGGAGGGGAGCGUGGUACCCACUCCGGAGCCAGGUGGCGGGCCCGCUCCUCCGCCGGAGUCAGUCCAGCCUUCUGUCUCCACAGCAGGGGCCGGUACAGUCCCAGAACCAGCCGCGGAGCCGCACACUGAGGCGGCCGAAGGGAGGUCAGAAGAGAUCGCUGAGCCACCUCAGGUUUCUAAACCCCAGACGGAGGCGGUGACUCCUCAGGCUGAGGCUCAGCCGAUGGAGGUAUGUGAACAGGGGGCCCCUGAGGCUAGGGAUGCCCCACACCCCCAGGGAUCCCAGGGGGACGCCCAGAGCUCAGAGGGUUCCCAGGAUCCGUCGGUAUCCACUGAGCAGCCGAUGGAAACAUAAGAUGACCAUGUUUUGUUUGACUUCACGAGAGAAAGUGCAGCCACAGGGUGACCCCACACCCCACAAAGAUUUGUCCCGUUUGUUGUAAGGGAAGGCCGUAGUAUUACGAUACUUCGCGGUGCGUUUAGUCUGGCGUUUUCGAACGUCAUUGCGCUUCGCGAGGUUUGCAAAUGUUACCUGCGAAGGCUGUGGGUUCCUGAAGUGUUGAACCAGAGUUGUGUGUUAAUUGAGCUUUCGAAACAGGGUGUUUCGUUUCGUUCAGGGCCAAUACGGAUUUGUGUGUCAUGCAGUUUGUGUGUGAAGACUUGCCAACGUUAAUAGCAAAGCUCAGAUACUUCUCAGUGGGCACAGCCGUUGGGUUUCACGUUGCCAUACACUUUGUUCAUGUGUUUGUAGCACAGGUAUCAUGCCAUUGCCUUGCGAUCUCGCCAUUAAAGUCAUUUACCCACUGUGUUAUGCUUGGCGAGUGUUCUCGGCGCUUUGCGGGGCAUUUCAAUACAGAGACACGCACUUUUUCAA